AAGGCUUUUAACAAGGAACAAAUGCAGAAACUAGUAAGACAAUGAAACUCAUAACCAUUAGCAAAAAGUAAUGUAAAAACUGGGAUAAACCAAAAAAGUAAACAGGAGACAAACAGGAUAUCUCUGUGACAAAAAGAGAAUUAAAUGUAGGAAAGGGAAUUAAUAAAUAAUCUGGUGUUUGCACUGCGAUUAGUAGCAGCAAAACAGGGUGAACUGAUCAAACCGGUAGAUGACUGUCAGCUGGGAAGUGCUGGUAGAUGGAAACAGUUUAUUAUUGCUACUAAUGUAACAUCAAAGACAAGUUUUUUUUUUUAAAGAAAAUAACACAACAGUAAGGCAAUUAGAAAAUCUUAAACAUUUAUUGAUAAAUUUAGUCAAGAAGGAAAAGAUGAUAGACAUUCUUUAUCAGGUAAACCAGCUUAGCCUGUGUUUUGGCAGCUGCUAGCUGGUCAGACCAAGCUGGAUUUUUCAGCAGGGGAUUGCUACACUCUUUGGACAUGACCAUAUUACUCGUCAUGCCUAAACAUGAAAACACUUAGAACUACAGCACUGAAAUCAAUUCACAACGAAUGUGAUAUCCUUUGCCAGUCAGGUUGCCUUGCAUUUCUUGCCUCAGUGGGGAUACUCUCUGUGAACCCAAGCAAUCUCAGGGAUGCUGGAAAGAAGGUGGUCCAUUCCAGAAAGCAGAAUUUACAGUUUUAUCCAUUCAGCAUUACCAUGGCAUCCCAGAUGGGAAUAAGUGAAGCAGAGAUGAAUGAGAUGAACACCGUCACGCACUCCCACGUGGUCGCUGAUGUUGUGGCACAAGUGGAAAGCAUGCUUGCACAGAUGAAAUCUGUGACUCUGAACAUUGCAGUUACGGGAGAGUCAGGGUCAGGCAAGUCUUCUUUCAUCAAUGCUUUCCGUGGGGUUUCUGAUGAUGAACCUGAAGCAGCAGAGACAGGUGUAACAGAAACCACCCAGAAGGCCUUAGCAUAUUCACAUCCCAAUGCUAGUAAUGUCUUGCUGUGGGACCUGCCAGGGAUUGGGACUCCCUCUUUUCAGCCUGCAACCUACCUGGAGGAUGUUGGCCUACUAAAAUAUGACUUUUUCAUCAUUGUCACAUCUGACCGGUUUCAAGAGUACCAUUCUGCACUGGCUAAAUAUAUAAUGCAAGCUCAAAAGAAGUUUUAUUUCAUCAGGAACAAAGUGGAUCGAGAUUUGGAGGCAAAUGCUAGGCGCAGGAGUCGGAAAGGUUUGUCAGAUGAUGAUGUCUUGGACCUGCUCCGUGUAGAAUGUGAAAAUAAUCUGAGAAAUGGUAAGGUGGAACAACCACAGGUUUUCCUGCUCUCCUGCUUUCGCCCACAGCGCUAUGACUUCCCUGCACUCCAGAUAACCUUGCUAGAGGAGCUGGAGGGACACAAGAGACAUGCCCUGCUCUUGUCACUACCCAAUCUCAGUGUGUCGUUAAUACAAACCAAACGGAAUGCAUUAGCUCAAGAUGUGUGGAAGAACGCAAUCCUGGCAUGCUUGAGCAGUGUCAUGAGGGGUGCCACUCCCAAUCCUAUUGUUCCCAAACUGAUGGAGACUUUAAAAUAUUAUCAGCAAACAUUCUGUGUAGAUGCAAAAUCUCUUCACCGAUUAGCUGAUACAACAGGCGUAUCAUUUGAGAAGCUUCAGAGUGAGGUAACUUCCACCUUUGGCAGAGAGCUGUCAGCACAGGCAGUGGAAGACUUGCUAAAUCAGGUAGCUUCAGGACAUCAACUCAUGGCUAAUCAGCUGCAGAGCAGAGUCCCAGUUCUGGGCUCUGUCAUUGCAGGUGGGAUUUCUUUUGUGGCCUCCUACUUCCUGCUGAAAUCUGCCUUAAAGGAUUUGAGUGAAGAUGGAGAAAGAGUGGUACAGAAAUCCCUCUUUCACACUAGAAACAGGGAUUAACCUGAAUACAUGGAUGAUUUUAUGUAAGAAUAUCAUUUUUUUUGUCUAAAUUAUUCUUUUUGUCUAAAAGUUCUCUGAUUCUACAGUUUAAGGGCAUGAAGUCUCUGUUGGAUCUUACUGGAAUGGAAAGCAAACACAGCUGUACUGUACAUUGUUCAAACCUAAAAAACAUCCCCUCUGCUGUUAUAAUAACUUCUACUCUUCUGGGAAGGCUUUCCUCUAAAUUUUGCAGCAUGGCUGUGGGGAUUUGCCCAUUCAGCCACAAAAGCUUUAGUGAGGUCAGGCACUGAUGAUGGGUGAAGAGGCCUGGGACACAGUCGGCAUUCCAGUUCAUCCCGAAGGUGUUCAGUGGGGUUGAGGUCAGGGCUCUGUGCAGGCCACUUGAUUUCUUGAUUUGACUUUAUGGAACUCGAUUUGUGCACAGUGACAUUGUCACACUGGAAGAGGUUUGGGACCCUUAGUUCCAGUGAAGGGAAAUUGUAAAGCUACAGCAUGUAAAGACAUAAUAUACAAUUGUGUGCUUCCAACAUUGUGGCAACAGAUUAGGGAAGAACCACAUAUGGGUGUGAUGGUCAGGUGUCCACAUAUUUUUGGCCAUAUAGUAUAUCACUCAGUAAGUUAUGCACUAUAAUGAUAUGCAUUCAGACAAAUUUUGCUACAUUGUUGUAAACAAUAGGUGUUCAUUUGAAAAAAGGUUGACAUGGAGAAAAUGAAUGAAUAAAUGAAUGAAUAGCAUGUGCUGUUAGGAAAAUAAUAAAUGACUGCUUUUCCCAAA